GGAGAAGGAUCCAUAUCACCCUUUUCUAAUUUCCGAGCGCUUUUUGGAGGCUCGUGCUGCUUUCAAUCGUACCGGAAUGACAAGUUUGCCUUCAAAUCAAAACCCUGUUGAAAUGGAUGCGUGUUCUGUUAUUCCCAUCUCUGGACCGCCUGCUUCAGUUGCUUCAGAAAAUGGUGCUGUCUCGAACCCACAACCAAUUCCAACUGGAAACGUUCCCUCUGCUACUGUUAAAAUUGUGAAAGUCUUAACCGUCAAUUUGUUUGCGUACUUUGAAAAGAUGGUUUGCGCCCUAUAAUCUCAUACUCCCUAUGAUAAAAAUGAUAUACCCUAACAUAUAUUUUCAGGAGCCUGAAACUGCAACCUCCAUGCCAGAGCCCACAUCUCCACAUGUUUCAUCAAUUCCUCGUGCUGCCCUUAAAUAUGUCAAAGUCUGAGAGGGAAACUUAUCUGAUCAACGACAAGGACAACCUGAUUUCAUCACCAGACUAGAGGGGUAUAGGAGUGCGUCAGCAUCUGAAACGGUUGCUGCAAAUUGGCCUGAAACCAUGCAAGUAGUACGACUUGUUUCCCAGGACCAUAUGAGCGAUAAGUAACCCCUUUCAUAUUUCAACUAUUGCAUUUUCUUAAACCAUUUGUGAAUAUGUUGUAUCACAUUAUACCUUGAUUAGUCUCACCAUUAAUUUUUAUUUUAUUUUUUAUGAUAGGCAAUAUGUUGGUAAAGCAGAUUUUUUAGUUUUUCGAGCCAUGAACGAGCAUGGUUUUCUUUAUCAAUUACAAAAACAGAAGCUUAUAAGUAUUUUACUGAGGCUUGCUUGUAUAAGAUCAAUCAAGAAAUGAAAAGCUUAUUUUAAAUAUCAUAAAAUAUAUGAAAUCAGUAUAUAGUACUCUCUACGUCCCAUUAGACUUUACCAACUUUGUUUUUUUGGUUCUCCCAAAAACCUUGUCAAUUCCCCAUUAAAGUAACUGAUUUCUGGUUUUGUUCAUUUUUUCUUAAUUUUACACUAAAUUCAUUUUUUUUAUUUGACACUAAAAGUUUUAUAUCUCUAAUAUCAACUAGUUGGCAUUAAGGUGCUAAUAACGAUGUGUUAUUUUAUUGAAUGGCCCUUGUGCAAGUGUUUUUCCAUCAUUUCCAAUGGAAACAAAGACUCACUAGUUUUUGGCUUGGGAAUAUGAUGGAGUAAAGCAAAAUGAUUAACUAAGCUGAUUGCACUUGCACAAUACAAGCAAUUUUCAACGCGAUUUUCAUCAUGGGUCAUUCGGAAACAGCCUCUCUAUGCUAUUAGUAUAAGGGUAAGGCUGCGUACGUCCGACCCCACCUACCCCACCGUAGGUGGGAGCCCUAGUGGCACUGGAGUAAUGUUGUUGUUGUUGUGGCUCUUGUGCAAGUGUUAUUCAUCAAUUGAUAUGGUCUGAAAAGAUACGCGAUUUGUUUCUAGUGUGCAGUCAUUCAAUUUCCCUCACAGACACUAUUGCUCUCUGUUUCUGACAAAGCUUGCCGCUUGAUCGGGAUGCUUUUUCCAGGGGAAAGAUUUCUCUUUGAAACUUAAUGGUAUGGCCUGGGUGAUGGAAAAUGUUAGGUAAAAGAUAGAAAAUGCCAAUGAAAGUUAAUUUUUUACUGUUUGGCUUUGCUUUGGACCAUACUCUACAAAGGAAAAUAGAUAUUCCUUCCAUUCCUAAAAGGUUUUUCAUUUUAGUAUUUAUUUGGUCACCAUAAUUCAUUUUUAUCUCAUUAUGUAUCAUAUUUUUAUAACGUUUAUAUUACAUUCUAAUUGUAUAUUAUGGUUGAAUAUAUUCCAUAAUGGAACAUCGAUUAAGCCUAGGGGCUUAGCUGGGGGCCUAGGCCCUGCCCCACCCCAAAUUUAAAAAAGUCUGUAUUUAGUGUAAAAAAUUCCGUGUAUUUUUUUCCUCAAAAAUAUUCCUUGUACCGGUCCAGUGUCCUGUCUCCGCCCCUGAUUUAGCCUAUAUCAUCUUUUCCAUUCUUUUUUUUUCGGGUCAUGUUUGUAUUACUUUGCUAGCUCUGUAUUUCUUACAUCAAGUAUAAAUCAUUGUCUUCAUAUCCAUCCAUAACUCCCAACUAUUGCCUCUUAAACUUCUGAAAAAUAUGAAUUUUGAUUAAUAUGCUAGUUACAUUACAUAAAGCUAAUGGGUAACUAAAGGGUUUCCGAGUCCAAUCCCCCUCCAAGUUCGUUUUUUAAAACAUUUUAUGUAAAGUCAAAAUCUGGUUUACAGCUAUUUAUGGAAGUCAUAACUAUAUUGAGAGAAGGAAUCUUUGGCAGUUCUUGGAAAGUUGGGCUGACAUUAAUAAAGAUCCAUGGUUUGUGGGGGGAGAUUUUAAUGUUAUUGCUAAUCAGGGGGAACAUAAGGGUCAUUCUACACCUAUGCUGGAAAGCAUGACUGAAUUCAAGGAUUGUUUGGCCAAUUGUGAUCUGGUGGACUUACCAUUUCAUGGUUCUUCUUUUACAUGGACUGGAGUGAGGGCUAAUGGCAGGAUUUGGAGAAGGUUGGAUAGAAUUUUGUUUAAUUCUUCCUUUUUGGGAAUCUAUGAUAAUAUUCAGAUUCAGCAUCUUAAUAAAUCUUCCUCCGAUCAUUUUCCAAUCCUGCUACAGUGCAAAAAUCAAUUAGUGACUGGACCAAAACCUUUUAAAUUUCAGAACAUGUGGAUAUCUCAAUCCAGUUUUUUGAAGGUUGUUAGUGAUGCAUGGAAGACUUUCCCUAGCUUUGUAGGUAUGAGGGGACUUCACAACAAACUACAGUCUCUCAAGCAGAUUCUUAAAUCCUGGAAUAAAAACACCUUUGGUGAUUUAUUUCACGAUAUUAAGAAAUUAGAGAAGGAUGUUGCUAAAGCUGAGAUUUUAUUUGAGUCUAAUCCUUCUGAGGAGAACAAAGAUAAUCGGUACUUUAAACAAGGCUCUUUUACUUAAUAAACAUAAGCAGGAGUCUCAAUUUUGGAAACAAAGAGCUAGACUCAAAUGGUUAAAGGAUGGGGAUUCCAAUACUAGCUUUUAGCAUGCAUAUGUGAAUGUCAAAAGAAGGAUGCAGGCUUUAACCGUGAUUAAAGAUUCUUCUGGGAAUCUAUGUACUGAACCAGAUGACAUUGCCAAUGCAGCUGACCACUUCUUUUAGGGCAUUUUCACUGAAGAGGAGGUACAUGAUGUGGAUUCCAUGCUGCAUUACAUUCCCAAAUUAGUAGACAAUAAUGAUAACAAAAUGUUGAUGGAGUUACCUGAUUCAGAAGAAAUUAAGGCAGCAGUCUGGGGCCUAGAUAAAGAUAGUGCAGCUGGUUCUGAUGGAUACAAUGGUGUUUUUUUCAGACAUUGUUGGCCUAUUGUAGGGGGUGAUGUGGUGUUGGCGGUGCAGGAUUUCUUCCAAGGUAAUCAGAUUCCAAAAGCAAUGGGCAGUUCUCUUAUAGUUCUCAUUCCAAAAAACGAUAGUGUCAACCUUUUUUUAUUUCAGGCCUAUUGGUCUCUCCAAAUUUAUUAGCAAGGUUUGUACUAAAAUCUUGGCCACCGGGCUUAUGAAUAUUCUUCCUAAGUUAAUAUCUGUUGAACAGGCAGGAUUUAUGAAAGGGAGAGAUAUUUCAGACCAUAUUUUAGUUGCUCAAGAAAUGAUUAAUUCUCUUGAUAGGAAAGUCAGGGGAACUAAUCUUAUUGUGAAGUUGGACAUGGCAAAAGCUUUUGACAGGAUUUCUUGGUUCUUACAAGCUGUCCUUUCAAAAUUUGGUUGUUCACAUAUUUUUGUUACUUUGGUGAUGAAUCAUCUUAAAUCUACUCACUUUUCGGUACUUAUUAAUGGAUCACCAAAAGGAUACUUUCAACCUCAGCGAGGGGUGAAACAAGGGGAUCCCCUUUCCCCUUAUCUAUUCAUUCUUGCUACUGAAGUUUUAUCUAGAGGAUUGAAGUGUUUGGUAUCUUCUAAUCAAAUUAAACCCUUUUGGAUUGGCCCAGAAGGGCACCCGGUUACUCAUUUGUGUUAUGUUGAUGACAUUUUAAUCUUUCUGAAUGGGGAAGCUAGAUCUAUUCAAAAUUUUAAUAAGUUCCUGGGUCAAUAUCAAAGGGCUUCUGGUCAGGCUAUCAACUUUGAAAAAAGUAAUUUUGGUUGUGGAAAAACUUCUCUUGCAAGAAUCAGGAAAAUGGAGAGGCUCCUGGGUAUGACUAAGAUAAACCUACCCAUGAAAUAUCUUGGCUCAAACCUGCACAAAGGCAUCAAUAGAAAGAAUUACUGUCAUGGAAUACUUCAAUCCUUUGAUAAAAAAUUGACAACUUGGAAGCAGAAACAUCUUAAUUUUGGGGGAAGAAUGGUGCUAAUUAAGCAUGUUCUUAAUACUAUUCCUCUCCAUUUAUUAGCAGUUGAUACUCUCCCCAAGGCUAUUUGCAGAAGCUUGGAAAAAAGAAUGGCUCAUUUCCUAUGGGGUUCUAAUGCUACUAAGAGGAAAUACCAUUGGAUAAGGUGGAAGGAUUUAUGUCUACCCUAUGAGGAGGGGGGUCUAGGUUUCAGAUCAUUAGUGGAUAUUGAGAAGGCUUUUUCAUUAAAACUAUGGUGGAAAUGGAGAAAUAAUAAUUCUGGGUGGGCUCAGUUUUGUCAGGCUAGAUAUCCUAGGGGGUUAAAUAUGACUCCUAAAGCCACAGACUCAGUCAUUUGGAAGAGAAUUUGUAAGAUACAUGAUGUGGGGCAAGCAUUAUGCAUACAAGACGAGGCAGGGGAGUAUAUUUGGUCAUCUGAAACCAAUGGCAGAUUUAGCUUGUCCUCGGCUUUCCAUGAAAUCAGAAGAACUAGGAAUAUUGCUUUUUCCUUCAAGCAUACCUGGAAUACUCAUCAACAAAGCCAGAUUCAGGUUUUUUUAUGGAAGCUAUUACACAAAAUUCUACCUUUUCCUGAUAAUCUGCAAAGGUUUAAUACGAUAAUCUUCCCAACUAUGUGUCCUUUUUGCAAGAAGGAAUCUGAAUUUAUGGAACAUGUUUUACUCACAUGUUCUUUUAGUUGGUUCAUUUGAAAAUAUUUCAUUGGCAUUUUUGAGAUCCCACUGCCUUCAAAUACCAUUUCAUUGAGACAAAUGCUUUUAGCUUGGUGGAUGGAGGCGGGUUCUAAAUCUCUUUUUGAUUUUGUUAAACAUAAUAUGGCUGGGAUUAUAUGUUGGCAUAUCUGGAAAGCCUACUGCCAGAUCAAAUGGGGGGAUGGUAAUGACCCCAACAAGUUACUGAUUAUCAAACAAAUCAAGGCUUACUCGCAGAUUUGGGCUGAGGCAAAAUUGUCUAAGCUCAGAUUAGGAAAGCCUAGUCAAAUGCUAGUUGAAGAAGAACUUUUGCCCAAUUCGUUUAAAUAUAUGAAGCCGAGGAUACAAGUUAUGAAAUGGAGUUUACCUUCACUUGCUUUCAAAUUAAGUGUGGAUGCAUCCUUCAACUCUACUUGGGCGGCUGGUGGAGCUGUGUUUCGAUUCAGAUUGGGCGAAUUUGUGGUCGGUUUGCAUUUUACUCUCUCUGCUAACUCAGCUAUGGAGGCGGAGCUUUUAGCGGUAUACACUGCAGUUUCUUGGCUGGUGAAUAAGGGUUAUCAGGGUUUCGAGGUGGAAAUGGAUUCUCAGACGGUCUUCGGUGCUAUUCGGGACAGUAAUUCUGGAGGACGAUGGAGGAGGAAGCUCGAUGACCUGAGAAGCUGGAUGGUUGAGCAAAUUUAUUUGGUUUGUUCGAUUUUCUUUUUCUUGUAUUUUUCAGAGGAAUGCCUCUGAAGGGAGGUUUUGGUUUGGUCCCCCUCUCCUGUGUACUCCCAUCUAUAUUAAUAAAAUAAUGGCGGCAUUUGCCCCACUGAUUUUGGUGGUUUACCUUCCG